CAGAGCCGAGCUGCUGGCGAAGCGGAGCGUGUCGCAGGUUAGCCAUGUCAUCUGAGCCUCCGCCACCACCACAGCCCCCAACCCACCAGACUUCGGUGGGGCUGCUGGACACCCAGCGGGCCCGUGACCGGUCACCGUCCCCUCUUCGGGGCAACGUGGUCCCCAGCCCACUGCCCACCCGCCGGACAAGGACCUUCUCAGCGACGGUGCGGGCUUCUCAAGGUCCUGUAUACAAAGGAGUCUGCAAAUGUUUCUGUCGAUCCAAGGGCCACGGCUUCAUCACCCCGGCCGAUGGCGGCCCCGACAUCUUCUUGCACAUUUCUGAUGUGGAAGGGGAGUACGUCCCCGUGGAAGGCGACGAGGUCACCUAUAAGAUGUGCUCCAUUCCCCCCAAGAAUGAGAAGCUGCAGGCCGUGGAGGUGGUCAUCACCCAUCUGGCUCCAGGCACCAAGCACGAGACCUGGUCCGGCCACGUCGUCAGCUCCUAGGAGAGGCCGGAAGCACCCCUUUCUCCUGGGCUUGCGGGAGACUUUGGGGGGAGGAGGAGGCAGGACCAAACUGGAGAUGCUGGUCUGCCGCUUAAGGUGGGGCUUCAAAGGGAGGAGCCCGUCGGUCCCUUUCAAGUAUCUCCUGGAGGAGGGGGCGUGGGGGGCAGGCAUGGGGGUGCUCUCGGCCACCAGCACAGCCUCUGACCAUUGCAACAGUCUCUCACCAUCUGAAAAGCAUUAAAAGCAUGGAAAAAGGGGUGCCCGCUGGUGGCUGAGUGGAGGGUCCAACCCCAGCCCGGGGGUGGGUCAGGCUUCCCCAGCCCACAGAGUCCUUUGUGCCCCUGGACUGGAGACUCAGUCCCCGGGUCCAGUCCGCACCAGGGCUGACAGGGGUCCUGCACGUCUCCUCGGAUGCACUCUUACCCAUGUGGCCACCUUCCUCGUGUCCAUGGCCCCGGGCCCAGGCCCUUCUCUUGCUCCUUGUGGUUGGUUCUGGGCGGGGGAGAAUCUGGCUCAACAGUGCGAGCAGGGGAGGGCUCUGGUGCCUUGCAAGUGGGAAGUGUCACUACUGGGCAUCUGGGGAAAAGUGUUUCUCCGGGAGCCCUGAGCCUUCCCCCCUUGGCUCUGCCGAGCUCCACUGCAUCCUCUCCUAGGAGCCUGGUGUCCUUCCGCCCUCAAGGUGAAUGAUCAUUUCGAAGGCAUUUCACGUCCCUGGUCCUUCAGCUGGUGGGUGGGCAUGGGAGCAGGGAGGGUCUUUGUCUAAAAUCAGACCUUUGUCCAGAUCCAUCCAGAAGAGAGUCAGUGGCUCGCUUCUGGGCCGGCCUGGUCAAGUCAAAAGUUAGAGGAGAAAUGCACCUUUGGUGUGGGGUUUUCUUGUAAACUGGUGUUAAGACAUGCUUGGGAUUUUCUUCUUUCCUUUUUUAAUACCGAAGGCUCUCAGUCAGAGCCAGCCCUGUGCGCGCUCCGCUGCCGACAUUUCGAACCUUUGUAGAUAUUUGCUGUCAACAUAUCCUUGGGAGUUUCUUUGCGGUGGUUUGGUUUGGCUUGGCUCUCGUUGUGAUUUAAAAAUAGAAAUAGCUGGGUAAUAAUGUUUUGAAAUAUGGGGCUUAUGUGUAGUCAGGAAACCAUGUGUCAGUGCAGGGAAGUGAACCCUUGAAAGCCCGGGGGGCAGACGGGGGUGUGCGCACAAGAGAGGCUGGCCGGGGGUGCAGACCCGGGAGCAUGCCGGGAGCAGGAAGGCCCUUGUCGGGUGUCUGUCUGUGGUCCUGGUUGUCUUUCCGUCUGGGAAGAGCUUCCUUUGAAAGGGGUUGGAAGGUAGAAAUAUUUUGCUGACGACUGGUGAGUUUUUAAAAUACACAGAUAAGUGUGUUGACUGUGUGCGUGUGUGUGCGCGCGUGUGUGCUGGCAGACGGUGCAGUGAAACAGCGCAGUGAAGCGAGCAGUUGGUGUGCUUUUUCCUGGCCCAUGGGCCCCCCCCCCCUGCCACCGAAGGGCCCCUGCGCCCCCUGCCUCCUGCUGGGUCCGCGGAGGCCUUUGCUGGCUGCGGGCCGUGCUUCCGGAGCUCCUUUUGGGAGGACGUCUGAUGCUGGUGACAGAGCUGGGAACAGCAUCCGGGAUUCCUUCCACAUCUUUCCUCCCACCAGCCGCUUCUCUCUCAAUAAAGU